UAAUAAUAAUAACAAUGUACAAUCCUGGAAACUGACACCUCUUCGACCGUCACAGUUCGCUGUUUGUGGACAGGUGGGCGGUUAGCAAGCUGUGUUGCUUCCUCCCCGACCCGGAGUGGACGUCAGGACGGGACCCGGGCGGCGUUGCGCUGUGUUGUGCAGUUUAACCGCUCCACCCCGGGCAGAAAGCAAGCCCCCUGCGGAUAUGUGGUGGUUUCAGCAGGGUCUCUGUUUCUUACCCGCCGCUACUGUGGUGUGGGCUUCCGCGACGUUCAUUUUUUCUUACAUCACCGCCGUGGUCCUGCGUCACGUCGACCCCCUGGUGCCCUACAUAAGUGACACUGGUGCCAUGCCUCCGGAGAGAUGUGUGUUCGGGAUCAUGCUCAACAUCUCAUCUUUUUUAGGUGUUGCCACUGUGUAUGUCCGGUACAAGCAGGUGAUGGCGCUGAAUCCUGACAAGCCACGCCUUCUCAAGCUCAACACGGCCGGCCUGGUGCUGGGCUUGAUCAGCUCCUUUGGACUCUGCAUCGUCGCCAACUUCCAGAAAAACACCAUGAUUUCCAUGCACUUGGUGGGGGCCAUCCUGACGUUCGGGAUCGGAACGCUUUACAUCCUGUUCCAGACCAUCAUAUCCCACAAGAUGCAGCCCCACAUCCACGGCAUGGGCGUCUUCUGGGUGCGGCUCUGCCUGGGGCUCUGGUGUUUAGCCAGCAUAGUGACUAUGUUCGUCUCCUCUGUGAUCAUGUACAGCAGCCUGCCCGGAGUUGACUUGGCCAAGAAACUGCACUGGAACCCAGAAGACACAGGCUAUGCUGCUCACAUCGUCAGCACGAUCUCAGAAUGGUCGCUGGCUUUCUCCUUCCUCAGCUUCUUCCUCACGUACAUACAGGACUUCCAGAAGAUCACGCUGCGCGCCGAGGCCACCCUGCAGAGCCGGCACCUCUUCAACGGGCCGCAGUUCAACGUGAACGUGCGCAGCGGAGAGACCACGCCGCUGCUCACCGGCUCCAUCUGAGCAGGGACUCUCUCUCGCACGGGGACAGCAAGCACGGGCUCCGGAUCCAGAGGAGGAGGCUUGUCAAGGGCUGAAGCUUGAUGCUUCUGUAUCCGUGCUCAAGGAUAAGGGGAGCGGGGUCACUUGGAAGCAAACGUCAUCAAAGUCUAACCAGUGUGCACGCUGAUCCUGAGACCUGACUAUUUAUUUGUGUAUUCAUUUUUAAACACUGAUAGGAGUCCGGGCGGUCAGCCUCGCUUUCCACCAGAAACGGUUAAAAAGCUUAUGAGAACAGAAAGAAAGUGCGAGGCACAGUAGAAGUGAAAGCUGAGGUGCAUCGCUCGCUGCAGGCCCCGCACAGCAGUGGCAGGGAAUACUGGUUGCGCUGCACAGAGUCUGAUCAGCUGCCGAAGUGCGGCCAGAUUACCGAACAAUUUCCUAACUUGCUCUCCUGUCUUCUCUUUCAUGGCUCCGAUAGGAUUUUUCCUAACCUGGUAUUACAGAACCACUCCCUAAAUCAGCAGUGCCUCCAGUUUCCUAAAUGUCUCCCCCUAUCCUAACCUUAGUUAGGAAAUCCUAUCUAGCGACACUCUGAUCCCUAAACGACUGAUCGGGUCUGAGUAGAGCAGGUUACAGCUCGAGCUGCAGGGAACUGUCACCAGAAUUGACAUGUUUUUAAAUGAUGCCGUCUAAUCUUCUAAUCUCUCACAGGCUAAAGUAAAGCUAACAGUACUGUGUCCAUGCCUCCGCUGUGAAAGUGUGUACAGUAAUAUCAUUUUGUACAUUAGAGUCCAAACUUGUAUUUGGGUUACGUUACAUAGAGGAGCCGCUGGGUAAAGAUCUACAGGGCGUCUCACUGUGUAAAACAAUAACACGACCCAGAAUACUGCAUAUCUUAUUACUCAGUAAAGUUUCAGAUAUCAAUUAUUAUAAUCACUGACUGUAACUUGUGAGAGCGUCAGACUCCAUAAGGAACCGCCGCCUCGGGAGAUGGGGCUAGAUCCGGACGUUACAUGUAGCCCAAAUAUACGAAUGGAUCAUUGUGGUUCACUAUAGAAUAUUCUAUAAGAAGACCUAAAUCUCCAGCAAUAUUUGUGCAAUACAAAACCGAAAAUCUAAAGCACAACAAACAACUAAAUGUGCAGUUUUUGUGUUUUUUUUUUUUGGUUUUUUUGCAUGGUUUGUUCAGAUCUUGCUAGGAUGCUUCUGUAAUAUGGCCCCUGGUUCUUAACUUGAUCCGCUCCCCUCUCCCUCUCUCCUGCCUCGCCCAGCACAGCACGCACGGACCUGCUCCAAUUAAAUGGAAGCGAUUUCCAAGAAGUAAGCUUCUGCUGCAGCAACAUGGCUUCAGGCUGUAAUCUUAGAUAUUUUCCUUUUAUUAAAAACACUCAAACUAUGCUAUUUUUUUUUUCCCCGCCUCUCUUGGCUACGGAGACAGUAGGAGGAUCUGGCACGGCCCUAAAGAGCUUAUUUAUGCUUUUCUAAAAGACAGCCUGUGAGGGCCUGGUCCUGUAAUGGGAGCACACUCCAAAGAGUGUUUGGGGAUCGGAGUUAACCCCUUUGCUCCUGGAAUCUUUCUACUGCCGUCAGAGACUGUCCCAGGCUGCCUCAGGAAUGAAUCACCUGCAAAUCAACGCUGCACUGCCCUGGCCUUAACAAAUUCCUGAUUGACAGACAGAGCUACAGUGGGUGCAGGAAAGUUGUCUUUUUUUACAUUGCACUGAAAGAAAAGAUACAGUAUUCAUGAUUUUUUUUUUUUUCAUCCAUUAUGUGCUCAGGAAUGUAUUAAAAGGGUUGGAUGCUCCAUAUUGGACUGGAAUAUGAAUACUGUAUUGUGACUGCAGCAUAGAGCAAAUAACGAAUUGUAAAGCUGUAUAUACACGUACUGAGGUAUGCAGGAAAUUAAGAAUGACACUCGUUUCAACAUCGCUGCAGCCACACUUAUAAUUCAUGAUUGCAUAUUCCCCCCCAGUUCAGGGAAGUAGAAAAGGAGCCUUUAAAUAAACAGCUGUGAUCACCGUGCCCAUCAUUACGAUUGCAUAGACGCUGCAGAGACAAGCCCCUCGAAGCCACGGUGCAUUCUGGAAUUGCUGCAGAAGAAGGGCAAAACAUGCUUGAAAAGAGAAAUAGUGCCCACUAUAAGAUGUAGAAAUGUGUAGAACAUAAUGAGGGAGGUUUCUGCAUUUGACUGUAUUUUAAAGUUUACUAUGCAACCACACUGAACUAAUAAAAGGUGUUUGGUACAAAGGUUUUGCGGUCCUUCCAAACUGCAAUACUGGAAUAAAAAUGCUCCCUUUAACCAUUGCACUGUAUUUUGUAUUUCAGUAUGUUUUUCUGACUAAAAACAAAAGCGAGCAUUACUACACCUAUGCCUUUCAAAAUAAUUUGUAUUAAAUUUUGAUUAAAAACAAACAUGGGGUUGUUUUUCAUUGAAUACAAUGAUCAUCCCUGCCCAGACCAAACAAGAGGUCCUUUCUUGCCAGUAAACCGCUAAGCUUAAAUGAUCUGCUGUCCAGUACAGGGGUGGAAUUAAAGGUCCAGGGACAAUGGAACCAGAGUAUCAAAACAUCAGCCACCACUCUUGCUAAAACGUGGGGCUGUGGUGGUGUUGAGAAGCAGGAGCUAGGGGCUGUGGUCUGUAAAAGCGUCAGGGUUUUGUGUUUCUGCCUCCCACGUGAAACCCUGCAAAGCUGCAGCGAGCGAGUCUCAGAUUGAACUUUUACUGAAGGCUUGAUCUGCUGCAGGACCGGAAGAGAGGCUUGCUGGAUCCCAGCCUCGUUCAGUGGAGUGCUUCACUCUGGUGUAGAAGAGAGGCUUGCUGGAUCCCAGCCUCGUUCAGUGGAGUGCUUCACUCUGGUGUAGAAGAGAGGCUUGCUGGAUCCCAGCCUCGUUCAGUGGAGUGCUUCACUCUGGUGUAGAAGAGAGACUUGCUGGAUCCCAGCCUCGUUCAGUGGAGUGCUUCACUCUGGUGUAGAAGAGAGGCUUGCUGGAUCCCAGCCUUGUUCAGUGGGGUGCUUCACUCUGGUGUAGAAGAGAGGCUUGCUGGAUCCCAGCCACAUUCAGUGGAGCGCUUCACUCAGUGGUAUAGAAGCCUGGCCAGGUGGCAUUCAAAA